CCAUCAGCUGAUUGGACACCAAGAAGAAUGUCUCCCUCAUCUGCAGGGGGACAGUUUCACUUUAGAGUAUCCACAGCCCUCACAUUUUAAAGGGGACAAGGAGUAUCCACAGCCCCCCUAUUUUAAAGAGGAAGAGAGGGGAGAUUUUUCUGUAGGGCAGGAGGAGGCUGAUGUCAGCAAGUUUCCACUGACUGUUGUCUCUGUGAAGACUGAAGAGCAUGAAGACAAACCACCUGAGUCCUCACAGCUUCAUCACAGUCCAAUACUCUACACAGCACCCAGCAUUGUCCCACCCACACAACCAUCUGAUUGGUUACAGACAGAGCAGUAACAGCCAAUCAGCAGUGUGUGUCAUGAGCAGGUAGGUGUUUAGCAGACGUUGAAGAAGAACCUCUACCCCAUGAGCAGGAGAAGGAACCACAGUCCCCCAACAUACGCGAGAAAGAAGAGGUACCACAUUCCCAGCACAGCAAAGAGGGAGGAGAGGAGCCACACCCCCCCCCACAUUAAAGAGGAAGGCGAGACGCCACAGACCCAUAAUGUUAAACUGACCCUUCACAUUAAAGGGCAAGCGGAGGACCCACUGAUCUUACACAUCAAAAAUGAAGAGGAGGACCCACUGACCCCUCACUUUAAGGAGCAAGAGAACCUGCUGACCCCUCACAUUAAAAAGGAAGAGGAGGACCCACUGACACCCUACUUUAAAGAGGAAGAGGAGGACCAAGAGCCGCCGCACAUUAAAGAGGAAGAGGAGGAAGAGGGCAUCAGUCAGCCUAAAUGGUUGGAGGAGUUCCCAGUGACUGGUGUCCCUGUGAAGAGUGAAGGUGAUGAGGUGAAAGGUGAAAGUGAGGAGAGGGGAGGGGGGGAGCCUCCAAGCAGCAGCUCAACACAACACAUGACAACAGAAGCUGAUGGAGACCACUGUGGAGGAUCACAAGCAGACAAGCUCUUAGCUCCACUAUCAGAUAGUGAGGACACAACGUCACACUCUCCUGACACUGAUGAUGAAGACUCUAAAGAUGAUAAGACAUGUCACACUGACAACACUCACUUCACAUCUUCUCACUGUCACAAAACCUUUCAAUACCAUUGUAGUCUGAAAACACACAUGAGAACACACACUGGAGAAAAACCUUUUUCUUGUUCACUCUGCAGUAAAGGUUUUAGACAAAGUAUCAAUUUGAAAGUACACAUGAGAACACACACUGGUGAAAAACCUUUUUCCUGUUCAACCUGUGGUAAAGGUUUUGCACAAAGUCAGGAUGUGAAAAGACACAUGAGAACACACACUGGUGAAAAAGCUUUUUCCUGUUCAAUCUGUGGUAAAGGUUUUACAAGAAGUACAGAUGUGAAAAGACACAUGAGAACACACACUGGGAAAAAAUCGCAUUCCUGUUCAAUCUGCAACAGAAGCUUUUGUGACCGAUCAAACUUUGUAGCACACAUGAGAAGACACCCAGGAGAGAAAGUGUUGAGUUGCAGUGUGUGUGGUGAAAGAUUGUCUUCUAAGUACCAGUGUAAGAAACACAAGUGUGCUGGUGAGAACAGCAGCAGCAAAUGAAACUGCAGGAUUUGAAAUAAACUGUCCAGACUUUCAUUUUGACUUUCUAACAACAUCAGCACAUAUAACAUGUGUGACAUUGUUGUUUGUCUAACAAUCUGUUUAAUAUGAUCUUUACAUUUAUAGAUUACAUAGUUUGAAAUAUAAAAUUAUUACUUAUUUGUACUUCUAAUUGUUAAUAAUCCCAUAGAUUAUCACCUUUAUAUGAUAUACAUAUGUACUGGUUCACAUCUGAAACAUCUUCUGGACCACUUCAGGAAGCAUAUUAUUAUUUACUUUAUACAUCAUUUAAACAGUUGUCUUUUAUACAAUUUUAAAAUGUGUGAUUUUAUGAAUCAUUUGUUGGGAAUCUGUAAUCCAUUUUAUUAUUAUCUUUAUUACUCUCUUUUGUAUUAUGAUAAUUGUGUUGUGAUUAUUUUAAAUGUAUGUCCCCAGACCUCUAUGCAAUAAAAAGUGAGAGAAAAUGUCUGAA